CUAAAAAUUUCGUCUUGGGGGCUAUAUUUCAGUUGUGCCGCCGCCAUUAUAGGGAGGUUUCCCAUAGCUUAAUCCCGCAUACAUACGUAGCAGCUCAUCGUCUUCUCCAUUGCAAUCCUGUCGUCUGUUUGCUGUUUAGGAUCUUCUUGGGGUUUCUGCCAUUGACGGUUACUCAUCUGAGUUCUCGACGAAACCGUUCCUUUUUGGUGCCUUAGUUCGCGAGCUUCUCCUACCAUGGUGUUCAGAAAUGUUCCUGGAGGUUUUGACUUUUGAGAGGAACUUAGGUGGUCUGUUGCAGCCUCUACUAUGUAUAGGACUAAUCAAACCGCUGCCUUUUCGAUGUUUCUGUUUGUCUUUCCCAAAUGCAGAUUCACUCUUGCAUUUGUUCUCUUGAUUUCUUCAGCUGUUUUGGUCUACAAGGAGUCAAGGACAUGGUUUUCUCUGCAUAUUCGUCAGCUUUGCCAAAAAAAAAACAGAGUCUUUAGCUGCCCAUUCGAAUUCCUCUGUGUUCAUUUGGGGCCCUUUUAUGCGUGGAAAUCAUCAACAGAGUUCAUCCGAUUUGCUGCGGGCACCUCUAAUUCCCAACUUUUUCAGCAUUGCAAAAGCUGCUGCCUUUUAGCUUUUGCGCUUUCUUAAUUUGGAGGAGGUGUACGGCUUCCCUGUUGGACCUGAUUACUUCCACAGUAAUUGCAUCAUAACAAUAUAUAUUUCCUUUUGCUAAUCUUUAAGUACAAAUGGAGUUUUUUUUUUUUGCCCUCUCCUCCUCCCGCCUUUUGCUGUUUCAUGUUUCGUCUGUUAUAUUCACAUCAUGCAGCCUUUAAUUGCAGCAGGCCACCCUUAUUUCUUGCUAUUAUUAGUAUGAAAAAAAAUCAGAGCCACACACAAACUGUGAAUAUUGCUAUGGGAACUUCACAAGUUCACCUGCGGUACCAUUUGAAUAAGUCCUGAAGGUUUAGAUUUCGCAGAUUUUUACUUGAAGAAGAGGUGCUUAUUUUCAGAUGUGCUGGACCAUUUCAUGUUGUCCACUAGUAGGUACUAUCGUGGCCUAAGUGGUACAUUAUUCAGUUGUUAGUUAUUUAUCUCACUGAAUGCAGUGUAUCUUUAGUAAGAGUUGGACUGCAUGGUACUUUUUAUUUGAAUCUUCUUAAACGCCAGCAAGAAUUUGUAUUCUAAUACCAAAUUAUGGAAACUUUACAGAUAAUAAGGUAAGAAUUAUCACCAUGGAGGUCAAUGGUCAUCACAAACCAAGAAGAGAGUAUAAUGGCCGAGAGUGCAAUGGUGUACAAUCAGUCAACAAUUUUGGCGAUAUUGAUCCAUGGACAGCAUGGGCAUACAAACCACGCACAGUCUCAUUGCUACUGAUGGGAACAUGCUUUUUAAUUUGGGCAAGUGGUGCUCUUGAUCCAGAAAGAAGCUUCUCUGUUGACCGCGUUUCAUCCGUUAAAAGGGGUGUCUUUGCAAUGAUUGCUGUUUUUUUGGCUUAUUCAUUUCUUCAGGCACCUUCUACUGUACUUAUUAGACCACAUCCUGCCAUUUGGCGUCUGGUCCAUGGGAUGGCAGUUGUUUACCUUGUUGCCCUAACUUUUUUGCUUUUCCAGACUCGUGAUGAUGCUAGGCAAUUUAUGAAGUAUCUUCACCCUGAUCUUGGUGUUGAAUUACCUGAAAGAUCUUAUGGAACGGACUGCCGCAUAUAUGUACCUGAUCAUCCGAAAAGCAGGUUUAACAAUGUUUAUGAGAUCCUUUUUGACGAGUUUGUUAUUGCCCAUAUCCUUGGAUGGUGGGGGAAGGCUAUAAUGAUACGAAACCAACCACUUUUAUGGGUUUUAUCAAUUGGCUUUGAGCUAAUGGAGCUCACCUUUCGCCAUAUGCUGCCAAACUUCAAUGAGUGUUGGUGGGAUAGCAUCGUACUCGAUAUAUUGAUCUGCAAUUGGUUUGGUAUUUGGGCUGGAAUGAAGACUGUGAGAUACUUUGACGGGAGGACAUACGAAUGGGUUGGUUUGAGUCGUCAACCCAAUAUAAUCAGUAAGGUGAAAAGGACGCUAGGCCAGUUCACGCCAGCACAGUGGGACAAAGAUGAGUGGUACCCUCUGCUUGGCCCUUGGAGAUUCAUCCAGGUGCUGAGCCUAUGUAUUGUUUUCAUGAUUGUUGAACUUAACACAUUCUUUCUCAAGUUCUGCCUUUGGAUUCCUCCGAGAAACCCAUUGAUUGUUUACCGACUUGUCCUUUGGUGGCUAAUUGCUAUACCGACCAUCCGCGAGUAUAAUACAUACUUGCAAGACAGGAAACCUGUUAAAAAGGUGGGGUCUUUCUGUUGGCUUUCCCUGGCUAUAUGCAUUUUGGAGCUUCUAAUAGGCAUAAAGUUUGGACAUGGUCUCUUUCCAAAGUCAAUGCCAUCAUGGUUAUUCAUAGCCUGGACGACUGUGGCGUCACUUCUGACGAUGUUCCUUCUUGUGUGGACUUGGAAAAUUUACCGAACAAUGCUAAGGAAAAGGCUAUGAUUCUGAGAACCCCUUGUUGCUUUGCUCAAAUUCUUUCCCCCAUUCAAUAUUGUCGUGUAAAUAUUCAUUCAAAAAAUCUGUAUAUGUGGUAGUAGCCAUUAAUUUGUGGUUUUGACAAGAUUUAUCAUCAAGUAAUUUUAUGUUUUGCCUACGUAGUCCAUGAGCCAAAAUGGCAUUCCCCUUAGUUUCCUUCUUGUGAUGUACUCUUCCAGUCAACUUUGGUGUUCCUUUGAUGCAAUCUAAUUCAUGGGAAAUAAAAUAAUGAACCGAGAUUUA